UUUAAGCAGAUGAGCCUGAACCCCCAGCUGGCUGUGGCACAAUGAGGAAGGAAACGUGGGUGGAAACAGGAUGCUCUCGCCUGCUCUGCUGGCUGGCCCCGGAACUGGGGGAGGGACUGGGGCUUGGCCACAGGAGACUCAGGAGGGACAGCGGAACUGGGUUGCAGACAGGCUCAGGCUCGGCACAGAGAGCGUGGGAGCAUGGCAGCCAACCACUCAGGUGCCAAGGCCUGCCCUGUCAACUUCCUGGUGGCUGCUGACCACAUCCUCAAUACAUUCCAGGGGGACUUCCUGUGGCCCAUACUGGUGGUUGAGUUCCUGGUGGCCGUGGCCAGCAAUGGCCUGGCCCUGUACCGCUUCAGCACCCUUGAGCAGCGCCCAUGGCACCCCGCUGUGGUCUUCUCGGCCCAGCUGGCAGUCAGUGACUUGCUUUGCGCCCUGACGCUGCCACCACUGGCCGCCUACCUCUAUCCCCCCAAGCACUGGCGCUACGGGGAGGCCAUGUGCCGUCUGGAACGCUUCCUUUUCACCUGCAACCUGCUGGGCAGUGUCAUUUUCAUCACCUGCAUCAGCCUCAACCGCUACGUGGGCAUCGUGCACCCCUUCUUCACCCGCAGCUACUUGCGGCCCAAGCACGCCUGGGCCCUGAGUGCCACAGGCUGGGUCCUGGCUGCCCUGCUGGCCGCACCCACGCUCAGCUUCUCCCACCUGAAGAGGCCACAGCAGGGGGUGGGCACCUGCAGCGUGGCCAGGCCCGAGGCCUGCAUCAAGUGUCUGGGGACAGCAGACAGCCACCGGCUGGCAGCCUACAGAGCAUAUAGCCUGGUGCUGGCAGGGCUGGGCUGUGUCCUGCCUCUGCUGCUCACGCUGGCGGCCUAUGGUGCCCUCGGACUGGCCGUGCUGCGCAGCACGGGCAUGACUGCAGCCGAGAAGCUGCGCGUGGCAGCACUGGUGGCUAGUGGCGUGGCCCUCUACACCAGCUCCUAUGUACCCUACCACAUCAUGCGGGUGCUCAAUGUGGAGGCUCGGCGACGCUGGGACAGCCACUGCCCAAAUUUUACGGAUGUGGGCCAGGCCAUGGCGGCCCUGGAGCUGGGGCCCUACGUGGGCUACCAGGCAAUGCGAGGCCUCAUGCCCCUGGCCUUCUGCAUCCACCCACUGCUCUACAUGGCCGUGGUGCCCAGCCUCGGCUGUUGCCGCCAACACUGCCCCGGCUACAGAGACAGCCGGAGGCCAGAGGAUGGCAAGAGCACCGGCCAAGCCCUGCCCCUGAAUGCCACAGCCACUCCUGAACCAUCCGAGCCUGUCCCAUGAGGUGAGCCUGUGAUGUGGCCUGGCUGAAGCCACAUUCCAGGUGUCAUUCCAAGGUGCCACUUCCCCCAGAAAGCAAUGCCUCUGACUGCAGCCAGAUUGGGCCUGCUGCAGCCCAGGCGGCAGUCGCCUUUCCCACUCAGAGCGCUGGCCAUGGAGACUAUGCAGGGUCAGGGACCAAACCCACACCCAGGGAAGGGGAGGGGCUGGCCCUGCCACAGGACUGGAGAUGCAAGAAUAAACAGGACGGGGUAGAGAGAGAGGAGCCUUUUUAUUGCCCUUGGAGCCCAUGCUCUCAGAGGCUGCCUUCUGUCGCCAAGGGUCCUAGGCCGAGCAUCCGGUGGCAGCUGGCUUAGUUAGUGGAUGGCCUGGGGAAGGCAGGAGGAGGGUGGCAUGGUGUGAGACCUUGGGGGGCACCCCAAGACUCCCGACACCCAAGUGGCACCUCAUGGGUGGGAGCAAAGAUGGGGUAAUACAAGGACAAAGGGGACACAGUCAGAUGGCCAGUCUCAAGGCCUGACCCAAAGACUGGCAGGGACCCUGGGGCACAAGAGCUGCCACCCAGAAACCCUCUGCCAGGUUUUGGAAAAAGACAAGGACUGUCCCCUCAAAACCAACCUGGGGACUAUUAAA